CUCCUCUUUUCUCCUCUUGGAUGGCACAACUGCAAAGGAGUGAAGCCAAGAGGUAGCCGUGCCCUGCAACGGGAUGACCACAGAUCAUCCAUCUCCCGAAUGACGCACUCCUUAAGCCCGUGCACUGAUGGCAGCCCCUCGCUGAGCGGGGUGGCCGUGCCGCAGCCCGUCGCCAACAGCUGCAACGAGCCCUGUGUGGUGCAGUGCCCUGACUCGACGGUGGUCAUCUACCCUCCGCCGGUGGUUGUCACCAUCCCCGGACCAAUCCUCAGCACCUUCCCACAGCAGAGCACUGUGGGGUCCGUGGGAGCCCCUGAAGUUGGAAGUGGCUUCAGCGGUGCCCCAGCUCCUGGGGGCCUGCAGGUUUCUGGGGGUGCCCGGUGGGCACGGGGGUACCCGGUUGGGAGCUGCAGACCGUGCUGAAUCUGGUGAGGAGCUGCUGGAAGAGGAACGUCCUGGAGAUGCUGAGCAGAAUGUAGACCUGUGGCUGAAGCUUCAGCAUUCAGAAGAGCUGAAGAACAUUUGGGGCUGUCAAUGAAGUGCAUCCGUAGAUGUUCCAGUUUUCUGAAGAAAAAGAAUCCAUUCCCUCCUCAUAUUUGCCUUUGUUUUCUUUUUUUCCUAAUACUUUUCUAUCUUUCUAAGCACUCUGUUCUCAGUGUGGUGGACUGAGUUUGUAAUUCAGUGGGACGCCUGUAGGUAUCGUUGUGACAGUGUGUAGGAAUUAGGAUGAGCCCAUUUUAGCUUGCUUUGUCAGUGCUUUCUGUGAGUAAUGAGGUGUAAGAAAGGGUCUUGGAGUCAACCAGCACAUGCUGCUCUGUGCUUUGUCUGUCUCUGCAAUAAGGAAACAACAUCAGCUAUUACAUGAAUCACCUCACAUCAAAUCACAGGUUACAAGCAAUUUGUAAUCUGCACCAUGUAAUUCUGCCUCUGUAUGAUCUGCUUCCUUCUCAUUAAACAUGACCUUGCAAUAUGUUCCUGGGCUCUGCGUGUGCGUGUGUGUCUGUGUGUUCCUCUGCUCCUGGUUUGUCUGUGUCCCGCAGCACUGAGCUAAUCCUAUCGCUCUGCUUCAGGACGGCAAUAGCCUGGUGAGAUCUGGCAGUGGUUGUGUGCACCUCCCAGCCAUUGCUGUCCCUCAGUGAAGCUGCUGCCCACAGCUUUGCUUCUAUUCCUGGUUAUGCGAAGCUCCUGAAUCAAGACUGGCUUUUAUUUUCAGAGUGUUUCCUUUGUCAGGUAUCAUCAGGCUUAGCCUCCCUACAGCAGUGCUAAGAGUAUCGGUGCAGAGGUGCAUGGAGAUUGGUGUUCCUAGGAAGAAACCAAUGCCAAAAGUUUGGUUUUAGGCUUUACUGCUUUGCUGUAUAACUCCAGAAUUCUGGUUGAUCUCAUUUGUGGAAUUUCAAACUUCCUCAGGAAUUUAUAGAUAAUAAACAUUUUGUAGUCUUUCUGUGCUGUUGCAUGUGUUUGAAACAUAUCUAUUAAGAGAUUGUCAAAGAAAUAGCAUAAAGCAAUAUUGCUUAAUAAUGCUAGAAUGUCGGAUUAUUUGGGAGUAGUUGCGCUUUGGAGACGUAUCCUAAUGUAAGGAAUGCAAAGCAGGCGGGCACUGUAAUAGUGUGUAAUUGACGGCUGGAUGAGAUGGUUCAACCAGCUUCAACCACAUAAAUCCUUCCCUACAAAAGAAAUCCCCUAAACCUCAACAGCCAGAU